CCGUUAGCGAAUGGGGAAUGAGCACCGGCUGUACGUGUAUCACAUAAACAUGAGUGGAACGCCAAGUUCCCCAUGGGUGUUCUCUCGUAGGCCAAUUUUGGGCCGCUGCCGUCGCGGGGCGGACAAUGGACGAGCCCAUCUGCGGGUUACCGCCUCGAAUUCCCUGAAACGACUCGUAGCCUUCGCUGUGCUGCACGAAAUCUGCUGAGCGCCCGAAGUGACAGCGGCCGGGGAUGUGCCGUUGUGACUAGUACUUGCAAAUAUGAAGCUGCAAGCGCGUUCGUCGCCCGAUAACAUUUCGGGGAUGAGGGGGAGGGGUGCGUUGCCACGCACGGAACACGUAAGGGCUUCCACUCCCCUCUCCUCUGCGCCCCCUCUCAGCUUAUUCUGCGCUCAGUUGAGGAGCUGCGCACUUUCGUGGCGAGUCUCUUGCCAGCACGUGUCGGCAGCUCGAGCGUCUGUUAUCCAAUUCCGCACUUAACUCGAGAGGCCUCCGUGUGACGACAGUAGUGGGCAUCUGUUCGCUUGUUGCAUUUUAAGCACCGAGCUCUCUUCAGUCUCGAACGCAGCACCGUUACCAUCUACAAACGAUAUUCGGGCGACUAUGCGGGCUGUGAAUAGCCUUUCGGAGGGUGCAUGUUUUAAUGGCGCCUUGCACCCAAUGUGUGUUGAGAUUUGGGCUUGUUGUGCACAUCUUUAGAAUUUGUUUGAAUACGCGCUGACGAAGGGCAAAAAAAAAAAAAAAAGGCACUACACCUAAAGACAUGACAUCAGUUAAGGCAGAAUGUAUUCGUUAGCCGUCAGUUCGCUUUCACCGCUACAGGACACUGGUACUUUUUGAUCCGUCUUGACGAAUGACUUGCAUAUUCAAGGUGGUUAAUUUCUUCUUUAUAUGUUAUUUAUUUAUUUAUUUAUUUAUUUAUUUAUUUAUUUAUUAUUGUGCGUAGAAUGAGCGCUAACUGUUCUACAGCUACCGCGAUAAGCCUUGUAAUGCGGUACGCAUUUGUGUGUUCUAUCUGAUGCACACGCGCCAUUAAAUACACCCUCCGUGUAAGCCGUUAUUUGAAUGCGCUCAAACCACUAUAGCAUCUUUCAUGCAGUUAAUUUACCUAUAAUAUGCUAGUGCCUGAUCUCGAGAAGCAGUCACAGCUAGGAGCGCUUGGGAGUGCGCAUUAAAUUCAGGCAACAUACGUGAGACGCUACAUCUGAGUUCCCGAUGUUUCUUUUUCUUUUCUUUUUUUUUUUUUUUUUACAAUGAACCUGUGAUUUAUUUGGCUACCUGUAUUCUAGUAUACUUCUUCACGCCAUUUCUUCGUAUUACUGUACGGCGGUGGCCACGUUCUGUAAAGAAAAGAGAGGGAGAGAGAGAGAGGAAACAAGCAGUUCUAUUUUGUUGGGUGUACUGACCGGUGAAAGGAAUUUAGGUAUGGCCAUUGUCGUCGUUAUCAAGUGUCAAUACGAACCUGCCGCAUUGCGUCUUUCGCAGUAAAGUUCACGCUGCGGGCGACACCCGCCGAGCGGAAGCACUCUAUUAUACCCUUUGACAAACCGUGAUAAAUCUCGUUCACGAACGUAUAGCGCUGGGAUCGUGAACUUCACGUUGCCGCAUUAAAGAAAUUCGGGGAUAUAUGCGCCCCUAUUCACGCAAAUAUAUUACUGUAGAAUUGUUCCUAUGAUAUUCCAGAUAAUCCUGAUGCUGGACAUAUCAUUAGCGGAGGCGGCUGGCCAGCGGCUAAGAAGACUUACUAACGAAACAUUUUCUGGAUACGGCACCUGCACAACUCGCCGACACACAUCACCGUCCUGGGGCCAGGUGGUGAGCGGCCUGUUCAACUCGGUGUUCAGCCUGGGGCUGGUCGCCUGCAUCGUGAGCCACUACAAGAUGGGCGCCCGGUCGUGGAGUGAGCGGCGCAGUCGGCCGGCGCCCCACGACCCGCAGCCCUACCAGCACGUGCUCCUUCCGCCCGUGCAGUCGGCGCUGUACUCGUCGGCGAGCGCGGCGGAGCGCCAGCGGGCCGCCCUGGCCGCGGCGCGCGACGCCCAAGUGCGCGCGGCGUCGGUGCGCGCCGACCUGGCGCUCGAGCUGCCGCCGACGGUGGCGCUGCCCGAGGAGCACCCGUUGGCCGGCAGCGUGCGGCUUCGCGACGCCGACCAGGAGCAGGAGCUGUACGGCGCGUGCGUGCGCGCGCCGCCCAACCGGACGGUGCGCGAUGGGAGCCCGCCGUGCGGCGGCGGCCGGCUGCGGCGCGUCGUCGUGCGCUCCAACUCGGUGACCCCCUGCAACCGGACUGCGCGCUGGCAUAGCCCGGACUGCCAGCGGCCCGGGGGCGUUUGACCCCGCGCCCCGCGCUAUCUGUCUUUCAAUGGGCCAUGUGAUACGCUUCAGUGCCUGCCCCCCCUCGGGCCGCCGCGGCCCGCCCCCCUCUUUGUACAAACACGCCGGAGGGAAGAAGAACAAAGUAAACGUGACGAAGGCAUUGCCAGCGCCUGCCCAGGGGACUGACCCUGGGGUCCGCAUCCAUGGUACAAAUGUCUUCACAAUUAACUCUCAAGCAUUCCUAGUCAUGUUGUUGCUUCUGCUGCGAAUAGUGCAAGUCUUAGACGAAACCAAAUGGGCAAGAGGACCGCUGCUGAUGGGACUCUUCUUCGCAAGUGUGUGCGCAGGUUUCUCGCCCGCUGGUGCCCAGAGCCAAUUGCGUCGAGUGUCUUACUUGCAUUCAAGAAGCCUGUGUACAAAGGCCCACUCAUUCUUUAGCGCAAUUGGAUGCACGUGCUAGUAAAACACACAACUUUUAACCCAACAUUUUUCGUUUGUCUUUCACAUGUAUGUUCAGUAACUUAGGGACAAAAAAUAAUAAACUCAGUAGUGUACAAAUUUUUUAGAAUGCAUACAUAUACUCAUGCCUUAAGUAUUGUUUACAAAAUUGGCCGUAAAAAUGUGUUUUACCCAUAAAGCAGAUAUACAGCUGUCGCCACUGAUGUUAUAAACAAAUUAAGUACAGACAAGCUUAGCCAACUUUGUUGUAACCCUUGCAAAAGCUCAAACAGGGCCAUUGGACUUUUGAGCAAUAGUUUCAACCGUUGCAAUUAUUUUGUGUGUUCAUUUCUUGUGCUGUACUGUGUCCAGAGCAGUUAGUGCUUAUAGUUUUCUUUUUAAACAGCCUUGAAGAAUAUCAGCACGAAUUAUGAUGCUGUUUGCUGACGCGCUACCAGUUGAGUUUGCCAGCAACUGACUCAUUGAAGGAAAACUGUUAGUCACUAGGGUGAUGGCCUCCCCUGCGAUAGAGCAUUUGUGAAGAUAUUUUUCCAUGAUCAUUCGCGCUUGGUUCCUGCAAAGCUCAGUAGGAAAGAGUGGACAGACUGAGGGGCAGUUGUUGCGCAUGCAACAGAUGUGUAUAUAUUGUCCAAUGCCUAUUACUUGUAGAGUUCACCAUGUCAUCAUGACUGUCUAUAUUCAUCAUUAAAAAUAACUACUGCUGUACUUGUUCAUGAAAUUCAUAACUCGAAGCACAUUAUUGAGUGGCUGCAAAGUAUUCCCUCAUUUCAGCAGUCUGUGCUACUGUCUUGGUUAAAGAUAUAUUUCUCAUUUAUGGUUCCCAUGCUGAGUUGUACAGACAUGAAAUUGCAAUCCCUGGCCUUGUGGGCUACGGUUCUCGCUGAGAGGUGCAGGAAGAAUUGUGGCUCGUGCAGCUACUGUGGCCCGCUGCUCUAGUGGCUGGCUGUCUCGUAAGAAGCUCUGUCUGGAGAAAAGUUGUCGUAGUCAUUGCAAAGGCAGAAUAAAAGACUGCAUGAAUCCCAGUGUUUGGGUUGACUUAAACCAGUGAUUGUUGUCGAGGUUAGUUGGGGCUCUAUGCAAGUCGCUCCCAGCUUGCAGAAUGGACAUCUUCUAUGGAUAGCACUUCUGUCUGCUCGGAUGCCAAUGCAAAACUCGGUUUCCUUGCACCGUAGACAGACCACUUGUGAGGAAAAAUAAACUGCCUUCUGCAGAUCGUGUUCCUAACAAAACGAGCGUGGUAUAUUUUGUAGCAUAUGUGUGUAUCCUACAGACUAUGCCCGCAUCCGUAAAUUACGAUGCCUGUUCUUGUAGCAACAGAUGUAGCAAAACGAAGCAUGAUUGACAGCACACUGAGGACUUCUGCUGGACUAAUUGAUGCUGCUGGUGCAGUGGCUGCUAUGCAACAUUUUGUUUUCUUGUUGACGCCACUAUGUGUUCAAAUUAGGGUGGCAGCUGUGUUUUGUUGUGCUGACACAGUUUUGAAAUGCAAAACAUGAACUUUGCUUUUCAUACCUCACUAGUCAUACGUGUCAACUUAGGUGUAUACUGUGGUGUCGUGGCACAAUAAAACUGGGCAUGGGAGUCAGGAUUAUGGUUCGGUUCCCCAGCGCUGCCCUGUCAGAACAGCUGCGCGUUUGCGACACGCGACCCAUUCGACAAGGCAGCCAGUGAAGCGACCCCGGGCAUUUUUUUUUUUUUUUAUGCCCGCUCUGGCAGCACCGCGCUGAUCUGAUUUUAUAUCCCCGUCUAAAUCUUCGAGUUGUAAGCAAGAACUCAACUAAUGUAGAUGUAUCUGCAUACACAGAUUUCAGAAAUCGUGAGUUGCGUUUACGUCUUGGUCUUCAAUUCGAAGCGUUUAAACGCACUGGGAUAACGAAGGAAAUUUUCAUCAGGUACAGCUGGGUGUAGUCUGCUUGCCCAGAGAUGGGUAGGGCUAUAUAUAUUUUUCCGAUGCCAAUGGUAAAUCACUUCUGGUAAACGGAAAGCAGGGUUCAAAAUCUCCAUCCGUUUACUAUGAGUGACUUUAGAAGACGGUGUGUUUACUGCACAGAAGUCUCUCGUCUAUCAAAGGCCAGAUGCUUCCUCGAACGGGCAUAAUCCUGUCGACCAUUUGCUUGAGGUGUGCGCGAAAACACGGUACAGUCGCCCCAGCGCAUGUCGCAUUGAAUAAGGUUCGGGUAUUUCAGUGCGAACAUUUUCACUGCAUCAGUGAAACUAUUUCUGCGCUGUCAGUCCUUAACAGAUUGCCGAAUUCGUCGCUACAGCGACAGCGCUGUCGUCUUGUGUCAUGCGCUAUACUUUCCCUGGAUAAAGAUUCGUAAAGGGCAUCGAAAGUGUGACGUUAAGAAAAACCUUCAAAAUUGCCGAAAGUAGUCGUUGUCUAUUCCUGUUUUUAUUAUUUUGCUUUUUUUUUUUUGGUAGGCCGAACCGCUGUUCUGAAUGAUGCGGAGCGAGCGCGUUAGUAGCUUGAGACUGUGUCCUGUCGGUCCGCAGUCUGUCGCCGCGUCUGUUGUGGAGGUCGAAAAGCAAGGUUGCAGGGACACAUUGCCGGACGCACGUGAACACUAGCUCUUGCGGCUGGUGCUUCAAAGAGCGCGCGCGAAGAGGUGCUUGUACAACUGUGUGACUGAUGUAUCCCUUGCAUAAGGGGCCUGCAGUUGGUUUAAAUAAACGGAUAAACAUACGGCUUUUUUUUUCGAA